AUGACGAAAGCUCGCUACGACUUCAAGACGCGCCCGGUCGCGCACCCGGACGCUAUUGUCGCAGGCGACAAGUACCGCUUCACCAUCCUCACAGAUGGCUUGCUCCGCUUUGAGUGGGCCGAGGAUGGACGAUUCGAAGACCGCGCGAGCACCUUUGCCAUCAACCGCAAGCUAGCUGUGCCCGAUUUCUAUGUCUGGGACCGCGGCCAUGGCAUCGAGAUCGUAACGAAGCGCUUCCACGUUGUGUACGACAAGAAGAAGUUUAGCGCCGAUGGCUUCAAGAUCCACCUCAAGGGCGACGUGACGGGCACAUGGACAUACGGACAACAAGUCUCCAACUUGGGCGGAACAACCCGUACACUAGACGGUGUGAACGGCAGGGCCAACCUAGGUCCUGGUGUGCUGUCGAGAGAGGGCAUGGCUCCUUUGGAUGACACCAAGUCCAUGCUCUUCGAAGACAAUGGGUGGAUUGCUGGACGCAGGGGUGGUGACAGGACCGAUCAGUACAUCUUCAUGUAUGGUCGCGACUACCGGGAAGCCAUGCGCGCAUACUACGCUGUCUCCGGAAGCCAGCCUCUCCUUCCACGAUACGCCAUGGGCAACUGGUGGAGUCGAUACCACGCAUACGACGAGAAGGAAUAUCUCGAUUUGCACGAUCAUUUCGACCGCGACGAUGUACCCAUGAACGUGGCGGUUGUGGACAUGGACUGGCAUCUGGUAUGGGAUCUGCCUGGCGGUGUCAAUGGCUGGACCGGAUACACAUGGAACAAGAAACUGUUCCCCGACCCAGACGCUUUCAUGAAGAAGCUGCAUGAUCGUGGCAUGAGGCUGACGCUUAACCUGCAUCCAGCGGACGGGUUCAGGCCUCACGAAGAGCAGUACCCUGAAGUCGCCAAAUACCUUGGUAUCGACCCGCAGUCUAAACAGACGAUUCCUUUCGACUGCACAGAUAAGAAGUUUAUGGACGCAUACUUCGACAUCGUACACCACGAGCACGAAGAGCGAGGCGUAGACUUCUGGUGGGUGGACUGGCAGCAGGGCAACACAUCCAAGAUCCCUGGGGUAGACCCGCUCUGGGUGCUCAACCACUUCCAUUUCCUCGACAAUGGCCGUGGGUCCCAGCGUCCCUUGAUCCUCUCUCGAUUCGGCGGCCCAGGAGCACAGCGCUACCAGAUCGGCUUUUCUGGCGAUGCUAUCAUCACCUGGGACAGCCUGCACUUCCAGCCUGAGUUCACAGCUACUGCAUCGAACAUCGGGUACGGCUGGUGGAGCAACGACAUUGGUGGUCACACGCAUGGCUACAAGAACGACGAGCUCUACACACGUUGGGUACAACUUGGCUGCUGGUCGCCCAUUCUGCGUCUUCAUUCAGACAACAACCCUUUCAACACGCGCGAGCCCUGGCGGUUCAACGAAGAGGCGUGCACGAUCGUUGAAGAUACAUUGCGUUUCCGCCACCGUCUCAUCCCAUACUUGUACACCAUGAACGCGAGAAGUGCCUCCGAUGACGAGCCGCUCAUUCAGCCCAUGUACUGGGACUACCCAGAGUCUGACGAAGCAUACAACGUGCCCAACCAGUUCCGCUUUGGCUCAGAAAUAAUCGUGGCACCUAUCACCCAGCCCCGCGACGGGACUACACAUCUCGGCGCAGAGAAGCUCUGGCUCCCAGAAGGCCGCUACGUCGACAUCUUCACCGGCAUCGUAUACAACCGCGCCGGCGAGCUCACCGUCCACCGCCCUCUAAACUUCGUCCCUGUCUUCGCAAAAGAAGGAUCCAUAAUCCCGCUCGACGCAGCCUACCGUCCCAAAUCCGGUUCUCCAAACCCAGAGGGUCUUGAGAUCUUGCUUGCCGUAGGCGCAGACGGCUCCUUCACACUGAUCGAAGACGACGGCACCGGCCACCUCGUCGACGACGGCGGUUUCUCAAUCAUCUCAGACGAGGGCCACGAGGAAUCCGCCGAUGACACCGUGCGCUUCGCACACACACCCAUCACGUACAAGCAAUCGACCGGCGUCAUCAAGAUCGGUCCUACAACGCCUGAAAACCCCGCCAUCCCCAAGAACCGGUCUUGGAAGAUCCGCCUCCUGGCUCAUACGCUCAAGAAGGGCGCUGAAAUACGCUGCGUCACUACCUCUCCCAGCACAAAGAAACAUGCAAAGACGCUCUCACACAAGAUCACCCAGGAAAGCAACGGUACGCUUAUCACGCUCGACGCGGUGCCAACUUCGCAUACCAUCCACAUCGAAUUGCUCUCUUCUUCAUCUCAUUCUUCGGGCUCUUCCUCGUCGGGGCCGCAACUCGAUGUUAUCGACCCGAACCCCAAGCUUUGGGAUAUCAUCGAUAAAGCAUGGAUCGAACUGGAUAAGAAGUGGGAUUACUGGAACUGCGUCAACAAUGGGGAGCCAGUGUUGAAUAAAGUGAGGGCGCUGCAGGGGAGGGGUAUGAAUCAGGCGUUGUUGGAUGCGAUGUUGGAGUUGUUGCUUGCGGAUGAGCGGUAUGCUGGCGAAGAGAAGGAUGGGUGGUGA